AUUUCAAUACACUAUUGCAUCUGUAUGUACAUCUUUAGAAACGCUAAGGUGUCGAGGUCUGCCAUGAUUAUAAUUUAACAUCGGUCUCUCCUUUUCACUCUGUAUAAAGAAUGACAAGGAUACGCUAUUGUCUAAUUUAAUUUUAGGCUUACAGAAUGUCAGAAGCGACACCUCAGUCUUCCUAAAGUUCCUUUAUUUUAAGUAUACACAUUACAAACUAAAAAUACAAAGAUUCAGUCCAUCGCAUUAUCACUUCAACACUUGAACUAUACUGCGGGUUAACUGAAAUAUCACCAUUACAUUUGGAUUUGAAUCCACACUUUUAUAGCGGUUUCUCAUAUUUUAGCACAGUUUUUCACUUUAGCGGGCAAAAUUAAUAUUCUUUACACGCACUGGUUGUUGUAACAUUCAGCUAUUUCCGAGCACUUUUCACGAAAUGUUCACUUUAGCACUUGCAGUCCAGAUCUCCAUAUAGCAAGUCCUCCAAAUUGUCCAUGUGUCAUUCGUACUGUGAAUCUGACACUGGGCCGAUGUCAUGUUUGUCGGACAACUGGUCCGGGAACUCGUCCAGCUGUGACUCGUCCGAGCUCGAGUGGGAACCGGACUCGCUGUCCGAGUUAUCUUUCUGUAGAGUGAAGACUGCCGGCACCGGUGGCGUGGUGUGGUAGCGACACGAGGCUGAAGGCAGCGGCAGGCGGGGGCGAGGCUCCAAGCAACACCCGCAGCCUCGACGGUCGCCGCACAUACUGAACAAUACCUGAUGUCUGUCCAACAGAAUGUGCUUCAAGCAAUGCUUGGCAGCGGGCAGCACGGGAGUCGAACACCGGACCCCGCCUUCAGAGAACGAGCAACGCCCGUGCGGACCCAAGCGGGUACUCUCAACGCCCAGCCUAGCUCUCUUUCUGUGCAGUUUCCUGGCCAAUACGGCUUCGACCCCAUGCCUCUUGUGGUAUGAAGCGUAGGCUUUCAGUUUCCGCAACUGGUUGCGUUCCCGGGCAGAAACUCCGCCCGAUCUGUACUGGCUGCUGAUGCUGGCGCAUGUCUCCUUCUGGGCCCGCAGCGUGCGCAGAUAGUGUCGUCUUUGGGCCCGCAGGAGAGUCCUCAAUCGGCCCAUUUGUCUCAAAUACAGGGACUGUAGAGACCUCAAAGUGUUCAAGCCGCAGUAUACUGCUUCCUCGGCAGUGUAUACUCCUGCACGCCACAACGGCGUUUGUUCGCAGUCCACGUCUUCAGGGCCUUCAGCGGGCCCAUCAAUGGCCCCUCCUAUGGUCCCGGGCCCUCGACUGGUCCCAUCCGGGCCCAGAGUAACGCUGUCAGCAUCGCUAUCCGUCCCGCUCGCACAUUGCAUUAUGGACGCGGAGUAUUGUGCGUUUAUUGAAGUCGCGUCUAUUUGUUUGAAAGGAUCCAAUGGCGUGGCGGCCACGUUGUCAAUAUCGUUGUGAUCGCUGACCACAGACACUGAAGACGCGCAAGAUGUAGUGCGAGCUCUUUCUGGCCUGACAUAAUGUUGCAGUUGAUUGAGCAACGUUUCUGUGGUAGUGACAGGUGGCGGCGGGGCCGCGUUUCUGUGCCGCGCGUGCAGAGAUAUACUGGCGUGCUCGAAACAUAGUCCUUGGUCUCUAUGUUCUCUCUGGUCAAUAGGCGUCGGUUGUUGGCAUCUCUCACUGUUGCUGUAUAUAUGAGAGCAUUGUUUGUAUGGCGCCGUAGGGUCUUGCAAUAUAUGUUUGACACAGUACUGCCUCCCGGAGAGUACUGGUAAAGUGCAAUCAUAUGUUUUGUUCCCGCAUGAGCGAGACCGCGAUACUAUCUCUUUCUCCAGCUCUGCUCUAAGCCUUUGCUCCUCCUGCUUCUUGACAGCCUCAGGGUCUGCAGGCUUGAUGGUCUUCACAUUUGUGAUGCGGAGACCGCUCGCUCUGCCCGCUGUUGAAGGACGUAGCAUCCUAACCCGCGGCAAAUGUAUGAUCUUCCGUGGGUUAGACAUUGUUGUGUUGGAAUUAACUGUGUUUGUUGCAGAUCAUCAUUUUGUCACCGGAGAUCACACUACGUUCACCAUCAAGUUUUACAAUGGCGUCCGUCUGAGAAUAUCUAUCAAAAUUUCAAGUAGUGACAAUAUUAUUUCAAUUAGUUUGUUCCGUUAUUUUAAAUCUGAAAAACGUUUUAUAAUUUUAGUUAUUAAUCAGUGGUCUAUUUUAUGUUAUUAACUUCGAAAUGGUUAGAUUUUAGUUUGUAAAUUACUCAAAUGUUAACGUGGUCUUUAUCCGGUCGCCGCUGUCAUAGCGCUGUCCCUUUCCCACUCACGCACGUAGACGGAGCACUGCUUUCCGUCGUGCUUUUCCCCGCGCAGUCAUUGCAACAUCCGUUCAAUGGCUGGUGGACAAGAAAAAUGGUAUUUUACAAAAGAGCAGCUACAGAAUUCACCAAGCAGAAAAUGCGGUUUAGAUGCAGAUAAGGAGCUAGCAUAUCGGCAGCAGGCCGCAAAUCUAAUACAGGAUAUGGGCCAGAGGCUUCAAGUGUAUCAGUUAUGCAUCAACACAGCCAUAGUGUACAUGCACAGGUUCUACGCGUUCCACAGCUUCACUCAGUUCCACAGGAAUGCGAUAGCUGCCGCCGCACUCUUUCUCGCUUCAGGUCGAGGAACAACCAAGGAAACUCGAGUAUGUGAUAAAAGUGGCCCACGUUUGCCUCCACAGAGGUGACGGGGCUAACCCCCUUACCCCGGAACAGUACCAAGAACAGGCACAAGACCUGGUCUUCAACGAGAAUGUACUCCUACAAACGUUAGGGUUCGAUGUCGCAAUCGACCACCCGCACACUCACGUUGUACGAACGUGUCACCUUGUCAAAGCACCCAAGGACCUGGCUCAGACCUCGUACUUCAUGGCAUCAAACAGCCUUCACCUGACGACUAUGUGCCUUCAGUACCGGCCUACGGUGGUCGCGUGCUUCUGUAUACAUCUAGCGUCUAAGUGGAGUAACUGGGAGAUACCACAGUCGAACGAGGGCAGACAUUGGUUCUCAUACGUGGAUCGGACAGUCACAACGGAACUACUGGAGAAGUUGACUUCCGAGUUCCUUCACAUCUUCGAUAAGUGUCCAUCCAGGCUCAAGAGGAAAAUGAUGUCAAUGACCUCAACGAGCGGCAGUUCCCCCCAUUCCAGUGCUGUGCAUCCUUCAGCGUCUACGGCCAGUGAUAAGAAACACCAACAGCCCGCCGGAGAUGAAUUCGACAAGAGCUCAUUCGAUAAAGAAUAUGAAAGGGAAAGACGUAGACAGCCAGUACCUGGUGGUUAUGUACCGGCUCCAGCUCCUACGGUACCUCCUCCACAGAAAAUAGACUAUAAUUUAUACAGAGAGAAACGGGAUAGGGAAGAGAGGGAGAGACGCGAAGAGAGAGAGAGGAGGCAGCAAGCCUUACAGGCUCGCCCUCAGGAAAGGCCGCCCGAAAGACCUUUACCGCCCGAAAGACCUUUAGAAAGACCACAGGAAAGACCUCUAGAACGACCCCUAGAAAGACCCCAAGAAAGGCCCCAGCAACGGCCAAUACAAAACCAAAGGCCGGUCCAACACAAACCUCACCCAUCAUGGCCUCAUCAUACCAAACCCCCGCACAAACCUCACGACCAUAGACACCACAGACCCCCCCAUAUCCCCCAAACCCAACCAGAGACACCAAGAACCAGACCUCCAUCAUUAUUCUCCCCGGAAAACGCAACUACACCUAUAGCCGCGGCCACAGCCCCUAGAAGGCCUCAACCCCCAAUCCCCCACCGGAAACCGGAAGUCAGAACGAAUCCCCCACCCCCCCAAAUUCCCAAUCGCCCCGAAAACCGUCCUCCUAGUCCGAAACGACGGCCUGAUCCUUCUCUAGCUGUCAGAGAUAUGCAGCCUCCGGCAGUUCUGUCUCCAUUUUCCUCACCCAAAGAAAGGGAAAGACAGCCCAGACAACGGGCCCCUUCCAAUUCGGAACCGGAACUAGUUCCGGUUGUGAAGAAGCUGGACGAAACUCCCGGUUACGAAAAUGUUAUAAGGGACUCGCAGAAAGGCAAUUCUAUACGGGCUAGUAAACAACCGCAGCCGGAUAGGAAACCGGAAUCUUCUAGAACAGUCAACGGCAUCGAAACCGAUCCAACUUUAGUAUCCAAUCUGCUGAAAGAGAGCUUAGCUAAACCGGCACCGAUCACAGUACCGGUUGUCGAGAAGAAAAUACCGGUCGUUGAGCCCAAAAAGGAGGAGCCUCCCCCCCAAAUACCGGUCGCGCCGCAACCGGUACCGGUACCGGUAUCGCAACCGGAACCGAUGCCCCAACCGGUAAUAGAGCAGGAGACGAAACACAAGAAGGAGAAGAAGAAGAAGGACAAGCACAAACACAAGGACAAGGACAAAAGCAAGGAAGAGAGGAAGAAGCACAAGAAGGAUAAAGAAAGAGAGAAAAAGAGAGACAGCCCCGUAGUGGAACAGCCGGCCGCGAACGACGGGACUUUAAAAAUCACAAUCCCAAGAGAGAAACUCUCCUCGAGUCCUGGCUUAAAGAUCAAGAUUCCCAAAGAGAGACUGGCGGCGCCUCCCCCCCCUCCCUCCAGCUCCAGCCUGAAGAUCAAGAUCUCCAAGGAAGUUCUAGAAACUUCGAGAAAGAGGAGCGCUGCCGCCUCAGACGCCGGGCCGCCGCCGAAGAGACAGCAGAACGGCUCAGCAAAGGUGGCGGACGCGAUUCCGGAGAAGUGACGUCACAACCGCACGCGCGACGUGUGUCGACGUUCCUCCGCAUCUUACGGACCUCACUAGCAUAGUGUAAUAAAUUCUUUUUUUAAUUUUCGAUUUUUGGUUUCACCUUUUUUUUUCACUUUUUCGGUUUUUUUUUCUUUUUUUUUUUUUGUUGUUUUUUACCACUACGCGGACGGUUUUGACUCGCAACCUAAGGACUUGUAAAUAGAUUUUUUGUGUUUUACGAACUGUUUUUUUUUUGGUGUUUGCGUGCCGGCCGAUCACUUGGCUAUUCGUGUUUUGCUAUUUGUAAAUUUGACAACUGUCUCCCCUUUUCGUUCCUUUUAGAUGGAGUAUGUUAAGGGUGUACUACUCACUUGACGAAUAGCAAGCGCAAAUAGCAAUGUGAAGUGCUAGCUAGAGGGAAGGCUGAGUUUGUACCCGUUAACCGGAUGGGAAAUGGUUACAUUUUUAUUUACGGUUUUGUCUGCAAUGUAUUUGCCAAGGGUCUUUUUUAAUAAUCUUUCCUUGGUAGCAACAUGGUAAUUACACACAAUUUAGUUGACAGAAGAUCGCUAUCUCUGUUUUAUAAGAAUAAAUCGCAUUUAUUAAAGUAAUAUCAAUAGCUUACGAGAAGCAGUUAGCCAGUUUUAACUGAUCACAUUGUCUUGCCACUAUCGGGGUUUGAAGUCUAGCUAUUGUCAUUUAAAAUUGAAAAUUGCAAAUAAUAUUUUCGACUGGUAGUGAGUGAACAAAUAAUAUCUACAGAAUGGUUUUCCAGCAUUAAAAAUGCCUUUAGAAAUCAAAUAUAAUAUUCUAAAACUGUAAAAAUAUAAAAAGUUAUUUAGGGGCUGAUGUGAAGUCAAAUCAUUAAACAUGAGUCAUGUAAAUAUUUUACGGAAUUUUGACAAUUAAAUCCUUGUUAAUAUAAAAUUUUGUUUUGAAAAAAAAAAUCAUCUAUAUGAAACUACAUAUAUAUAUUUGCAUUAAAAAGAGGUUUGUGAUGUAUUGGAAAAGUGUAGAUUUUUCAUUUGGGCAAUACUUUUUGUUUAUAAACCAAGGGAUUUCAUUUAUCGAUUUUAAAAUAAUUAUUUGGGAGAGAUAACUUGUAUUUUUUUUUCAAUGUUGCAUAAAUAUUGGUUAGGGUGUUGCAAUAACUGUGUGCGUUUGUAUGCCCUACAGUUAUUAUUAAACGAUAGCACAAUGGUAAUAAUACUAUGAUAAUUGAUAAAUGUUCUAUAUUAUUCAAAAAGUAUGGCUGGACUGAAAUAUAUAUAAAGUAACUAUGAGUAUUUAUAAGUGUUAAAAAGAUACUAUAUACUUAAUAUUUAGAGCCCUGCUAAUUAGAAUACUAUUGUAAUAUUGCUAAAUUCUUGAAUAAAUAUAUUAAUUGAAACUAUCGGUAUUGUACGGGAUUUUUACAAUUAAAAAAAAAAUUUUUUUUGAAACAAAAAAAAUUGUUUUAUAAUUUAUUUUGUUCAAAUAUAAUGAUAUAAUCAUAUUCUGUUUUAUAAGCGGCCCACAGAACACUGUUUAUUAAAAACUGGAAAUAUAAAUACCUGUUGAAAGUCAAUUGUCACAUAUAUUAUUGUAACCAAACAUCACUUUGACCGAGUGGGCUUAUUUUUUUUCGUAAUUUUAAGCUAAAUUGGUGUGAAGAGAAAAUAUUUGAAACAUCCAGCAAUUUUUGAAUGGUUAAUUUAAAUAUAAAUACAGACAUGAACAUGCUAUUAACUACUGUAUUUCUGGGCGUUUAGAGUUCGUUAUCUGUGGGUGCGUUUAUGUCACUUGUAAAAUCGUGAGUCAAAACCGUCCUUUAAAUUACUAGAAAUGGCGGAUCAAAGGUGCCGGACGCUAUGAAUAAAAUGACUAAUGAAUUUUAUGUGUUGGGUUUUUGUCUUGUCUUUUUGCAAUCACGUUUUGUUUAACGUAGCUUCGUCCCUUUCCGAUGUGUGGAAAAAGUAGUCUGUCGAAGCGAGAAAGACAGUGUUCUGUCUGCAAACUCGUUUGAAACUAGCUAUAACGAUUAAUAUGUUUGUGACGAGAGUUGCGGUUACUUUAAAACGUGAUUGACAGACGAGCAAAUUUUAAGCUGUGUACACGACGCGGGAGCUUAUAACGCAUAGAGUGUAGACAGUAUCGCAUCAAGUUACCGAGACCUGUCAAAUUGUCUCAGCGAAUUGUAAAUCUUAUAUUAACGAUAAAGCUCAAAGUCAGCUGAAGGAAUUUCAGUUUUGGACGACUUGAUCUGUGACUGUCUGUACCAAACCGCACUUUAAACUUGACGUUGUAUUUUGAUCAAGGUCUUGUUUGAAGGGCUAUCGGUUGUAGAAUUUAUCAUUGAUAGUGUUGUAAAUAUUGGUUUAAAGAAUAUUAAAGAUCAAUUCCUUUUUUGUUGUUUAUUAAUGCGACUGCAAAUGCGAUAUUAAAAGUAUUUCACUCUUACAACGAAGCGAAUCAUAUUGGUAUAUAUAUAUAUAUAUAUAUAU